UGCUGGGGCCGGGGCCGAGUUCCGCAUCCCCAGCGUGGGCCGGCAGCACGGAGGGAGCUACAGCUGCAGCUACCGGCGCCCAUCAGAGCCCUUCGUCUCGUCAUACGCCAGCAACUCUGUGGAGCUGGUGGUAGCAGAGCCCAGCUACCCCAAACCCAGCAUCUCCCUGAGACCCAGCGGGGGGGUCUCCCUGGGGGGAGCCGUGGCCAUCUGGUGUCGGGGGCAGCACCAGGGCGUGCGGUUCGUGCUGAAUAAAGAGCGACGCUAUUUCCCACCUGUGGAUUCGGACGGGUUGGAGGCUGAGUUUCCCAUCAGCAACGUGAGCCGGGAGGACGGUGGGAGCUACAGCUGCUCCUAUCACAGCAAAUCGGAGCCGUUCAACGUGUCGUACCCCAGCGACCCCGUGGAGCUGCUGGUGAGAGGGGGAAACGACCUGACUCAGCCGGGAACGAUACCAGCUUCCACCCGCCCAGGCACCGCAAGGCCAGGGGGAACCGCCCCGACUCCGUCAGAAACAGCACCGACUUCCCCCUACUCAGGCAGCGCAGGGCCAGAUACCGAGUCUAAGGGCAGUGAAUCGCCAUCAACCACCCCAAAAACAGAAGGAACCACCACAGCUGGGCCCAAGCAGCUGAAUCCCACCACGACGGAGCCAGAUGGAAAAGACGCUGGUUCUAUUCCCACACGGGGAACCGACCCGACUCCGUCAGAAACAGCACCGACUUCCCCCUACUCAGGCAGCGCAGGGCCAGAUACCGAGUCUAAGGGCAGUGAAUCGCCAUCAACCACCCCAAAAACAGAAGGAACCACCUCAGCUGGGCCCAAGCAGCUGAAUCCCACCACGACGGAGCCAGAUGGAAAAGGGGGAAACGACCUGACUCAAACGGGAACGACAACAGCUUCCACCCGCCCAGGCACCGCAAGGCCAGGGGGAACCGACCCGACUCCGUCAGAAACAGCACCGACUUCCCCCUACUCAGGCAGCGCAGGGCCAGAUACCGAGUCUAAGGGCAGUGAAUCGCCAUCAACCACCCCAAAAACAGCUCGUUCUCAUCCCACAGAAGGAACCACCUCAGCUGGGCCCAAGCAGCUGAAUCCCACCACGACGGAGCCAGAUGGAAAAGGGGGAAACGACCUGACUCAGCCGGAAAUGACACCGGCUUCCACCCACCCAGGCACCGCAAGGCCAGGGGGAAACGACCUGACUCAAACGGGAACGACAACAGCUUCCACCCGCCCAGGCACCGCAAGGCCAGGGGGAACCGACCCGACUCCGUCAGAAACAGCACCGACUUCCCCCUACUCAGGCAGCGCAGGGCCAGAUACCGAGUCUAAGGGCAGUGAAUCGCCAUCAACCACCCCAAAAACAGAAGGAACCACCUCAGCUGGGCCCAAGCAGCUGAAUCCCACCACGACGGAGCCAGAUGGAAAAGGGGGAAACGACCUGACUCAAACGGGAACGACAACAGCUUCCACCCGCCCAGGCACCGCAAGGCCAGGGGGAACCGACCCGACUCCGUCAGAAACAGCACCGACUUCCCCCUACUCAGGCAGCGCAGGGCCAGAUACCGAGUCUAAGGGCAGUGAAUCGCCAUCAACCACCCCAAAAACAGGGGGAACCGACCCGACUCAGUCAGAAACAGCACCGACUUUCCCCUCCUCAGGCAGAGCAGGGCCAGCUACCGAGUCUAAGGGCAGUGAAUCGCCAUCAACCACCCCAAAAACAGAAGGAACCACCUCAGCUGGGCCCAAGCAGCUGAAUCCCACCACGACGGAGCCAGAUGGAAAAGACGCUGGUUCUAUUCCCACAGGGGGAACCGACCCGACUCAGUCAGAAACAGCACCGACUUCCCCCUGCUCAGGCAGCGCAGGGCCAGAUACCGAGUCUAAGGGCAGUGAAUCGCCAUCAACCACCCCAAAAACAGAAGGAACCACCUCAGCUGGGCCCAAGCAGCUGAAUCCCACCACGACGGAGCCAGAUGGAAAAGGGGGAACCGACCCGACUCAGUCAGAAACAGCAUUGACUUCCCCCUCCUCAGGCAGCGCAGGGCCAGCUACCGAGUCUAAGGGCAGUGAAUCGCCAUCAACCACCCCAAAAACAGAAGGAACCACCUCAGCUGGGCCCAAGCAGCUGAAUCCCACCACGACGGAGCCAGAUGGAAAAGGGGAAAACGACCUUACUCAGCCGGGAACGACACCGGUUUCCACCCGCCCAGGCACCACAAGGCCAGGGGGAACCGACCUGACUCAGUCAGAAACAGCACCGACUUCCCCCUGCUCAGGCAGCGCAGGGCCAGAUACCGAGUCUAAGGGCAGUGAAUCACCAUCAACCACCCCAAAAACAGAAGGAACCACCUCAGCUGGGCCCAAGCAGCUGAAUCCCACCACGACGGAGCCAGAUGGAAAAGGGGGAAACGACCUGACUCAGCCGGGAACGACACCGGCUUCCACCCGCCCAGGCACCACAAGGCCAGGGGGAACCGACCCAACUCAGUCAGAAACAGCACCGACUUCCCCCUGCUCAGGCAGCGCAGGGUCAGGUACCGAGUCUAAGGGCAGUGAAUUGCCAUCAACCACCCCAAAAACAGAACGAACCACCUCAGCUGGGCCAAAGCAGACGAAUCCCACCACGACGGAGCCAGACAGAAAAGGGGGAAACAACCUGACUCAGCCGGGAACGACACCGCCUUCCACCCGCCCAGGCACCGCAAGGCCAGGGGGAACCGACCCGACUCCGUCAGAAACAGCACCGACUUCCCCCUACUCAGGCAGCGCAGGGCCAGGUACCGCGUCUAAGGGCAGUGAAUCGCCAUCAGCCACCCCAAAAACAGAAGGAAACACCUCAGCUGGGCCCCAGCAGCUGAAUCCCACCACGACGGAGCCGGAGGGAGAAGAGGGAUCAGAACGGAAGAUGAGCAUCCCCAUCAUCGCCAGGGUGAGCACGUCGGCCGCCGGCCUCCUCCUCCUCCUCCUGGUCUUCCUCUGCUACAGAAGAUCCCGAGGAAGGAAAGGACCAGCCCCAAAACAGAGCAGGGAGUCCGAGCCUGCAACCACAGUCUACGCCCUCAGGGGUGAAGGGACGCAGCUGGAUGUCCUGCCCCAGGAGCCCGACCCCAGCGCCAAGGGACUCACCUACGCCGAGCUGGACCGCCAGGCACUGCAGGCCAAGCGGGGGGGCCCGGCCCCCGCCCCCGAGCCUGUCCUGUACGCCACCAUCGAUGUCAGCUAGGAGCCCCAUGGGCAGAGCCCCUGGGGUGCAGGGGAGCCCCCCACCCACCCGCAUAGCGUGAACCCAGGGGGAGUUAUCGCAGCGACGGGGCAGGGAGCAUCGGCCACCUGAGGCAACAGAGUGAUUCCCCCUCGAUAAUGGGCUUCGCUUAUAGCCCCCCCAUAACCUCCCCUUCCAGCUGGUUCUGCCCCACCCAGCCCCACGGGUGGGGGGCCAGGGGGGCUCAGCACCAGGAGAGGGAGAGGACGCGCCAAGGGCAUCUGUUUGUGUUAUUUUGCAUCCUGUUAAUCUCCAUAUUUGUAAUAAAC